GACAAUUCUCGGCCUGCGAACAUCAAGUUAGUUGAGGAUUUAACGCAAUUAUUUGUGGAAAACACUUUUUCUGACAAAAUGUCAACGGUUUUGAGAAUGACCGACUCUUUUACAGCAGUUAAACAAGAAGAAAGGAAUUCAGAGGAAUUCGAGGUAAAAAAUGGCGACUUGUUCAAGAGCAACACAAGUUGCUACCUUUUCCUGGACUUCGUGGGAGAAGGAUCGUAUGGCAAAGUUGCCAAGUGCAUGAAUUUGAUCACGGCACAGGAUGUGGCCCUCAAGAUUUUUAAAACUGAGGAUGAUACAGACACAAAAAUAGAGAUCGACAUGCUGGAAGUCCUAAGUGUUCUUGACCCAGUGAAAACAAACGUGGUGCAGUACUUCGAAAGGCUCAAGUACAGAGGACAUACCUGUCUAGCUUUUGAAAUGCUAGACAGGAAUCUUCACCAGCUAUUGAAAGACAGAGAAUAUGAGCCACUCUCUGUCAGUGAGAUACGUCUGAUAGCAGAGCAGCUGCUGAUAGCCCUAGAUGCUCUGAGGGGACUUGGAGUCAUACAUGGUGACCUGAAGCCAGAAAACAUCAUGCUGGUGAACCAUGAGAAUGAACCCUUCAGAGUCAAACUCAUAGACUUUGGAUUGUCAUGUAUGACCUCUGAAGUUACACGUGGGAUGACCUUGCAGACUCUGGGUUACAGGGCACCUGAAGUCGUCUUAGGCCUCCCCAUCACCAAGGAAAUAGACAUGUGGAGUCUUGGCUGUGUUCUCUCAUUCUUGUACAUGGCCAGCCAUCUGUUUGGGGUAUGCUCAGAGUACCAGAUGGUGAGGAGCAUAGUUGAAGUACUGGGCCAACCAGCUGACGACAUCCUCAGUGCCGGAUAUUUCACCAGUAUUUACUUCAAGGUGAACCAGAACUGGGACUACCCUAAAUGGCUGCUGAAGACCCCAGUGGAAUACCAACAGACAACUGGAAUAGUGCCUGAACCGACUUGGAGUGUUUGUUACUUGGAUGAGCUGGUUACAAUCUACCCAAAGACACAGGAGUCCAUUGAGAUAGACGAUUGCAGAGCAUUUGUGAGCCUCCUUAAAGGUCUUCUGCAAAUGGACCCGAAGACAAGAAUCACUCCUGCGAAAGCUUUCAGGCACCCAUUUCUCUCCAUGAACCACCUGGUAGAAGAAAUGGACACCAGCUUGUAUGCAUUUGCGUCAUUUGAAAAAAUGAUGGUCUGCCAGACAUCGGAUGAAUUGGAAGAUGAUGACAUUCCUUAUCCAAAAGGUGAAGACGUUGCUGCUCAUGUCUCCAAUGACAAUUCAAGCCUGCCUGAUAGAGUAGCAGCUGCUGGCGUUGAUAAAGGCUCAGUUGGACAAAUGCUGGUCUGCAAGACAGAUGACUCUCAGGAACAAACACUUGUUAAUGAGGCUGAGGAGAAGCCCAAAGUUGAUGGUCUUACAGCCACCCUCUCUCUCCAGACUCAGCUCCUUCUUGCUCCUAUGAAGGCAAUGCAAACCUGCCUGAUGGAGAAGCAGCUGCUGGUUCAGAUGAAGAGGAACCAGCUGUCGGCCAAAAUGCCGCCAGUCCUAAUCAGGCUGAGGAGACAUCUGCCCCUGAUGGGUCACCUGAUGAAGGUGCACCCGUCAAAGUAAAGAGCUGCCCAAAGAGGAUCCUCAAGUUCUUCAGCAGUGCCAUAAGGACUGUGUUCAGACUUAGAAAGAAAAUCAACAUAAAGAAUAAUGUUAAUGAACACUUUAUCAGUUGAAUUCCAUCCUGCGUGUUUUGAUGUGCUAUGAUGUAUGAGCAAUUUGUGUAUGACAUUAGAAAAUGAUCAAACAGCUUUUGCUCUUUCAAUGCACAAGAUCAAUAUGAUCUCAAGGGCCUGCUAUUGUAUACCAUUAAUUUACAAUUCUUGAACCAGUUUGUAUGUAAAUGUUCAGACUAAAUCAGGCACAUUUGAAAUUUAAAGAUGUAACUUAACCUAUAUAUAUCUCCACAUAUAUGUCCACGUUUGCAGGAUUUUUACAUAAAUACGAAGUGUAGUUUAAACAUUAUUGUAAAUACCAACAACAAAUAAGUCUGCUGGGUAAGAUGGUUUUAUUUAGAGAACUGCUGUGGUAUCGGUACAAAUGGAGUUAAAAAGUUAUGUGUAUACAUUUUAAUGGGAAAUGUGGUUGUCAUCAUUAUACUAAUACUUCCAGUCAACACAUUUUGAAUCAAGUAAGAAUCAUUACAUCGUAACGUAUUCAAAUAGUUGUUUUUGUUUUGUUUUGUUUUUUUGGCUGAGCAACAAUUAACAUCAAUUAAAUCAAUUAACUGUUUAAAUCAA